AUGGAAACAAUAAUCCUGAUUGUUCAGCUGGUGAUUUCGUUAGUUCUCGUGCUGAUAAUCUUGGCGCAGGUCAAGGAGGGCAGCGGCGGACUGUUCGGCUCUGCCCAGUCUACCGUGCGGACCAGGCGCGGUGCCGAAAAGACCCUUUUCCAGCUGACCAUCAUCCUGGCGAUAGUUUUCCUGGGGUUGUCCAUCGCCGUGGUGCGGUUGCUACACUGA